AUGCAACGGAUAAAACGACCACGCAUUAUACUGCUUGGCGUGAUACUGUUGAUACAACAUCUGGCAUUGGUACAAUCCUAUAGGCAGGUGGAAAAUUCCAUUAUUCGAUCAAUAACGUGGAAUACGACUCAAAACCGACCUUCACAUUCUAAAUUGAACGUAAAGGCGGUCUGCAAAAGGAAUGAGAGGAAGGGUGAUGAUAGCAAUACCAGUAUAACUAGCCAAAGUGUCAACGCAGAGGGGCAAGACCUGACUAAUAUCACCGAAAAGGAUGGACAGGUUAACAGCGUUGUGCAACUGGAACAAAUAAACAACUCCACAAACUCUGAAGACGUUUUGCCAAUUUAUUACGGUGGGAACAAUGGCGAUGGAAUGCCGAAACCUAAUCCAUAUAAACAGGACGAAUAUGAUUAUAACCACAUGUCGUCAAACACACACGAAAAACUAAUGGAAGGGAAAGAAUUCCAGCUACACAUACCACCAAUCGCAAAUUUCAGACCUCCUAUUCGUAAAGCUCUUACAAAACCGGAGGUUUACGAACAGUACGCUUUUGGCGAACCACCUGAUAAUGAGGAACGUAGUGACUACGUCGAGGGGCCUCUCAACAUACAUGAAAUGGCGCAGCAAGGCCAAAUCCCAGAAUUCAGACAUAUACACGAUGAGAACAUACCCGAACCAGGGGAGGCAGAUUUGUUCAAGUGGAAAGUGGAACGGCCGCCUGAUGUCUUUGUUAUUAACUGGUCCGGGGUGGCCCACAGUAGCUACCGAGACGGAAUCGUGGUGGCGGCAAGAGCUAUCCUAGAUAUAACAAACGAUCAACCGCGAGAGGUAUUAGAGGUUUUGAAAAUGCUAGCGGAGCAGCAUAAAAUACCGCCAUGGCUUGCCACUAGAGCAAGAUACGCGCAGCCGUACAUAGACUCUGCAACUGACUGGAUCCCAGCACUGCAAUAUUUUAUCAGCAACUGCAACGAACAGGAUCUGAUGACUCUGGAGAAUCCCUUGGAGUCUCUUGCAAAGACGCAGGCGAAACCUAUAGACAUGAUUAGGCACAUGACCGACGGCGGCGAUACAACUAAAGUGGUAGACCUUGGAAAGCGGCAGCGUGAUGAGCUGGGUAUCGAAACAUUCGAAUUAGACGGAUGGAAAACCGAUGGAGCACGGUACAACGACUCCGUAUCCACAUAUGAUAAGAUGCUGAAGCAGAUCGGUAUCGAUGAAAACAAUUUGGACAACUCUUUUCAGGGUGCCUGGGAUCGUAUCUAUGAAGAUCGUGAUAUGUGGAAAAACUUAGUCUUAUAUCGUACCAAAUGUGAUGCGUUGGACGUAUCACAGAGACGACACCAUGAGGCCUACAAUUGCGCAGUAGUCAGCGCCAUCAAACACCACCUUGAGGUAUUCCAAGUGCCAGUAUACCUAGUAUCGGAAAUGGAAACCUCGAAAAUGCUACUACAGAAACUAGAGGCUCUAGACAUCAAACCGAUGGACAAUGAUCAUUUAUAUGGUCGUGACCGCGGGUCGCCGGUGGAAUGUCUCGGAGAACUUCUGCGCAAGCUUAAUCUCGACAAACGAGUACCGAUUCACUACUUCGACGACAGGCUUACACGCCUUGAGGCAAUCAAUAAAAUGCCGGAACUAAAUCAUGUAAGAACGUAUUUCGUGGACUGGGGACGCUCCACCUGGAACGAAAAGUUAGGGGCGCUAUAUGCCGACGGGUAA